AACCAUUGACAUCGCUCUAGACAUCCCAGGCAGAGUCUGUUCAAUAACUUCACAGCCCCUGGACAUCCAGCAAAUAGUUCAAUCUGUAGGGGACGACGCUGCGGGUGCUACCACCGUUUUCAUUGGCACUACACGAAAUUCAUUCAAAGGAAGAACCAUUAUGUGCCUUGAAUACCAAGCUUAUUCAAAGUUGGCUAUCAAGACUAUGGCUAGUAUAAUUCAAGACGCGUGGCAAAGCCUAACAUGUUUGAAGCAUCAACCAGAAUCGCAGAGUUCCCUCAUUCGUUGCACCAUUCAUCACCGGAUUGUUAUCGCCAUCUCCUCUCCCCACCAUAAAGAAGCCUUUGUAGCAUGCAAGAGGAUCCUCGAAGAAGUAAAGCAAAAAGCCCAGAUCUGGAAACGAGAAUACUACGAAGGAAUGGAUGACAGCGAAGCACUUGGAU